AUGCAUUAUUUCAAGACCCACGUGGAAGGGCCUUUGAUUGUUUUACUCCAUCUCUGUCGAGCAAAGAAAGUGGAUAAUGAAUUCAGAAUUUCAUCCACCUACAAUGCAACACAGUUAUGGUUUAAUCACUCUUGCAGUGAAUUUCAGGAAUUUAAAGACAGUUUGAAAGUUGAUACCAGGCCACCUCUAAGUGUGCAAACUGUGUCUCAAAUUUCCUAUGGAAAUGCUGCAGAAAGUUCAAAAUCUCCUAUGAUAGUAACUACUAUCGAGGAUCUGUAUGAAAGAGCCGAGGAAGGCUACUACUGGGUUCCUGGAAGGAUUGUUGCUGUGGAGAGUACUACAAAUUGGUAUUACCAUUCAUGCAGGAGUGAGGGAUGCUUUAGAAAAUUGCACUUGAAGAGUGGGGCUCUACAAUGCCUAACAUGUGGCACAACAUGGCAGGAGGGAAACCUAAGGUACAGGCUGAUUGUGAGGGUAGGAGAUAAAACCACUGAUGCUCCUUUUCUGUUGUGGGACAAGGAGUGCUGCGAAAUUUUUGGAAAGACUGCAUUUGAUCUAAGGAGCAAAUACUCUAAGGAUGGGUCUCCUCUCCCAACUGGUAUGGAAGGGGUCCGUAAUAAGGCUAUGGUCUUCAAGAUUUCAGCUAAGAAUAAUCAUUUCAAGAAUAAAGCAAUAGCUAUACCUGUGGUUGCAAUAGCACAUGAUUCAGACUUAGUUGAUCAUUACUGCCCCUGUUUAAGUGAUGAUCAAAAUCAGCUAUCAAGGAUGCUAAAUGAAGAUGAUCAAGAUGCAGAGUCUGAUGAAUCUGAAUCGGGUGAUGAGGCAAGCAGUCCCAAUCCUACUCAGGCUAAGAAGCAAAAGCUGGAUGAACAAGAAGAGCCACUGGAGCCAGUGUCAUCAAAGAGGAACUUACUUGAUCAAUUUUCAUCCAGUAGAGAUGCAAAGAAAACAAAGACUGUUUUGGUUAAACAGGAGAAAAGUUAA